AAUAGCUCAUCAAUCUAAUCACUUUAGAGAAACAAUGCUCUCACAGGAAGUUGAAGUGCUACAGGAGAACGGUGUGAUGCAUGUUUGUGGUCAAUGAAGGACGUUUAAAGCAGAAUAACAGAGUACUGCUGUAACACGUGUCAACUGAAAACAUUAUCCAGGACUGCUUGAUAUUAUUAUUUUUAAGUGAACUGAAAGAUAGGUGUUUUUCAGAUGUGGUUUCAAAAGGAAGUGAGAGAGCCGUACCUCCUUAUAUGAGAUAAUACACUUUUAUGGCAUUACCUCAUCUGUGCCUAAUACUGACCAAACAGCAUUACCGAAGACAAACGGAGGUCUGUUAUCACACGGCGAUGCUUUUGAUUUUUCUUCAUAUAAUUUACACCCUGCUUGAAAAUGUCUCAAUGGAAAUAUCUAGCAUCCGUUGUCCUCUUUUGGUGGCUUGAUGAAAGCACAGAAACCUAAUGGAAUAUGCCCAUAAUACACACUACAGUGAACCAUUCGCCAUGCUUUUUUCUAGUUGAUAGUCGGUAAUAUUUCCGUGAUCGUAUUUGUAGUGGAAAUAAGUUUUUUAGGGCCUACUUCAGAAACACCAUUGCAUUUGAUGGCCAAAACCACAUCACGGCGCAUGUUUAAAAACCAAAGCCAUGUUUUCACGCUAAUAAAACGCAUUCUUCAGUAGCAACACCUCGCGCUUGACAGCAGUGAGCAACAGAAGCUGAAUAAGUGAGGUGUUUCGUCAGAAGCCCGUUGGAGAGAGCGGUUCCCCGAGCGCAGGAGCGCCGCGCGGGUUAAUCCGAAGUGGGCUCCACCGCCUCUCUCUUGAUCUCAUUAGGUCACAGACACACGCUAGCGCGGAUUACCGAUCUCGUGCGGAUUAUGGACAGGAACAGCAGACAUGACUUUGGACGUGCUUUCUGCGAUGCGUUGUUUUGCGCGUUACGGCGCGACGCUCUAGUUCAGCCUCGGACACCUCGCACCUGAGCGCCGGCUUUCCGCGUCGUUUGGCGUCAUGGCUGACAUCCCCCAGCUGAUCAAAAUCGGCGUUUCUCUGAAAACCACCCCGAAUAACGGACCCGUCUACUUCAAAUCGGACGGCACGAGGUUCGGUCAGACCCGAACCAUCAAAUUACUGACCGGAACUAAAUACAAGAUCGACGUGGUCGUCAAACCGGGAGCCGUCGAGGCGACAUCCAUGACUAUCGGCGGAGUGACGUUUCCUCUGGAGCAGCAGUCUAAAGACCCUCAGUCCGUGGUGUACACUGGGAUGUACGACACCGAGGGAGUAGCACACACCAAAUCCGGAGAGCGGCAACCUGUCCAGGUCAACAUACAGUUCACGCAGGCGGGGCUUUUCGAGACCGUCUGGCAGGUCAAGUUCUACAACUACAACAAGAGAGACCACUGCCAGUGGGGCAACAGCUUCAACAGCAUCGAGUACGAGUGCAAACCCAACGACACGCGCACCCUCAUGUGGAUCAACAAAGAGCUGUUCCUGUGAAGAAACAGACUGUCGUUAUGAAUCGGUAGGGAUGUAGCCUUUCCUGUUAGUGACGUGUGACUUAGUGGGAGUUUUCUCGGUGCCGAUGGAAAACCAAUGCAUUGCCAUCAGUGCGUGUCACGCAAUCGCUGCACUUUACCGUUUGUCGUGGUGUCGUCUCGUGUCUUUUGCGGUUCUCCUUCCAGCCGUCUACCUCUGAAGAACCCAAGCGAGGAUGAAGUUUACUUUUAUAUUUGAUCUUAUAUAGAUUUCUUGUCAAUGCGCAGUUUUGUCAAUCCACGUUUAAUGUAGCAUUUUCGCAGUGAAUUCCACCCAUAUCGAUAUAUAUUUCUAGUGUGUCUUUUUAUGACUCUUUUGUAACGGUGCAUUGUGAUUCUUGUGCAAUAACUGCAAGUUGGGCGUGUUUUCCACAUUUUUGUUGCAUUUUUCAAAAACGUAAUACUGUUUAAAAGAAAAAUAAAGCAUGCCGGAAAAUUGUGUGGAUGUGUUGAUCUUCAGCCUCGGACUGAACCAAGCAGAGGUUUUCGGACAGAUUUUGAAUUCUACAUGUCAUGCUCAUCCCACAACUAGAAGUGACUGAUGAUAGGCUGUGGAAAUGAUCUGGACAUGCAGACAGCAGGUGGAGCUCUAGCAUAGUGCUAAUUAAAUAUCAAGAAGAUCAGUCCUUAAAACAUUUUAAGCUCCUAACAAGACUCUAGGACCACUAUAAGACCUUAAAGUAAGAUUCUAAUACAAUUUUAACAUAAAACAUAGGUUACUUGUGAUUGUAAAUUGUAUGGUUAUGGUUGUAUUGCUUUAAGUGAGACCAAUAGAGCAAAACAAUAGAGUUCAGUACAUCUGCCAGUCAAGAUUUGAAUGUUUCUCACCAAGCCUGCAUUUAUUUGAUCCAAAAUACAAAAAGAGCAGUAAUAUUGUGAAAAUAUUUUACUACUUAAAAUAACUGUUUUCUAUUUGAAUGUAUAUUAAGAUGUAAUGUAUUCCCUCAAUCAAACCAUCAUUACUCCUGUCUUCAGUGUCACGCAAUAUUAGAAAUGAACAUUUAUUAUUACUAUCAAUAUUUAAAACAGCUGAGUACAUUUUGAUGAACAGAAAGAUACAAGCAUUUAUUCGAAAUACUCUAUACAUUCAAAACUAUCAGUCUUUUUUUUUAUUGCAAAAAUCAAUAAAAUCAAAAAUGUACCCAGCUGUUUAUAACAUAAUAAUAAUAAUAAUAAAAUGGAUCAUGCAACUGGAUUAAUAAUGCAAAAGAUUCAGCUUUGAAAUUACAGAAAUAAAUUACAUUUUUAAAUUACAUUUCUAAAAUUCAGUUAUUUUGAAUAGUAAUAAGAUAUAUAUAAACAAGCUUUAGCUAUUUUUUUGUGAGCAGAAAAACAUUACAAAUCCUCCUGUUCAAAAGUCUUUGACUUGGAGUAUAUACUUACUGCUGUACUUUCCGAUCAUAAAUGUCACUUUUUAGAGAAUAAUGCUAAUAUUUCUUCACUCGGAGGCCAUGUAAAAAUGACAGGUGUGCAGUGAUAUUUAUGGAAUUGGAAGAAAUAAAUCCACUAACCAUUUUGUCUUUGUUUCAUCAUAAAAUGUUUUCCUUUUAGAUGCAAUAAUAAAGCAUUGAAAUGAAUGA